UGACAUGUAAUUUCGUACCAGAUCGGGAAUUUUCGUCAUCGAAAAAUUCUUUUACUUUUGAACUGUUUUCUUUCUUGUGUUUAAAUAAUAAACAAAUAUGAGAAAAAAUUCAUGGAAUACCUAACGCAACAAUUCAUAAAUACCAUUUGAUCGUCAAUCCGAUGUUCAAGAUUGAAUACAAAAGAAAUCGGAUCCAAACCAGAAAAAUGUAAUGUAACAUUCAGUGAGUUCAAAAUUUGAAAAAACACCCUGGUCGAUGUUUUCCUGAUUUUAAAGGAUGAAUUUAAGCUGGUUUGCUAACAUUCUCGUUCAUCAUCCCUUUAUUAUUUUAUCAGCUGUUGCAGUAUUUUCAGGAACAUGUAUUGUGAUACCAUUUACUUUGAAAUCCGUCACUUUCCCAAGUUUCCAAGACCCUCAGUUGGGGUUUUCAACAAGAGGUACAACAAUUUCUAACCGUCUUACUACUUGGGCUAAUUUAAUUAAAUCUACAAGGCCUUCAGGUGACUUCACUACAAACCCAAAGGAAUAUUUAAAACAUCGGAAUAGAAAUCAUUCCAGUCUUCUACCCAAACAUAAAAGCAAACCAAGAAACCACAAUAAGCCCAAAGAAACCAUAAAUGGAACUGUGUACGGUGUCUUGGUACAGAACAUUGAUUCCAGUGAUUUGGACGAACAGGACAGAUGGAAAGCUCUCCAAAAUCUCACACCUAAGGUAGAACUAUUUCCUGAUGAUUCAGAAGAGAAUUUUUUCUGUGGCAGUCCAGCAUUGACGACUUCGGUAGCAUUUUUAGGAUCUUACGUCAGCUCAGUAACUGCAGUGAGCUGUUUCAGAGUUUUCUUCAUAGCAAUGGUUUUGGUGUUUCUGAAGCUCUUUGUGAGCUUCGUCACGCUGGAACCCGAUUUGAAAAAAAAUUUACCUUUUUUUACUGAGAAAGCACUAUUGAUAUUAGUCAAACGAUUAGAACAUGAAUUAUUAAAUUUAAAAUUUUAUGAUGACUUGUGUAUUCAAAAUACAAAGUCCAAGAGGAGGUGUUGCAAACCCUGGUCCCUUCCAAACUAUAUUGCUCUUUUCAAUAAGAGAACUUCAUGUCUCGCUAUCACGGAAGAAGAUGUAACCAGAACAAAACAAAUUUUAGUGAAAUGUGCUCAAUACUUUCAUGCUCUGGAACUCAAUUCAGAAUGUUUGACAAAAACACGUUAUUGUGAAGCUCCAAUAGAGUGUCUGCGACAUGAUGCAGUUUUCAAUAUUUUGAAUUUUUUGACGAGCACUUCCUUCCUUCCAGAGAAUAAUACAGAAGAGUCAUCAGAAUUGAAAGAAGUGAUGAUAUUUUUGCCGCUUGCCAGCAGUACAGCCAUUUUACCAUAUUAUCAUGAAUUAGAGAAGCUCACUUUAGAAUAUGACGGAAUAAAGGUGGUGGCAAUGGAUUUUGGAAUAGCAAUUCGACUUUCGAAAAAAGAAUUUUUACUUUGUGUUGUAAAUAAGGUUAUUUUUGCUGGUACAGCUGUGGUAGCUAAUUACUUUUUGAUGAUGACUUGGUUUCCUGCAUGCCUUGUAAUUUGGGAGCGGUCAUGUUUUUCCAACGACGCGUUUUUUCGGAGUUGUUUCAUGGUUUGUUACCAAAGAUGGUGCUGCAUCAAGCCUCAAUGGAAUUUGUCUGCAGGAUGGUGCCAGUGUUUAUUUUUUCAAAGAUUUUGGAAAGCCAAAGAGAAGUGGCUACUGGAUUUUGUGAUACGAUUCAAAUUUGUUUGGUUUCUACUACUAUUCACGAUAGCAAUCAUGAGUGGUUUUAUAGUAUUGGUUUAUCCGAAACUUCAUUUACCAAAUACAAAUGAAUUUCAGUUAUUUGCAACAUCACAUCCAUUUGAGCAAUACGAUUUCAGAUAUAAAACACACUUCUGGUUUAACCGCCCUGAGAAGUUAGAGCAAGCAAGCUACAAACUUCCAUUGAGAUUUGUAUGGGGAGUACUUCCUAUAGAUAAUGGUGAUCAUUUGGAUCCUUCAAACUUAGGUAGCCUAACGCUUGAUCCAACAUUCGACGUGUCUGAACCAGAAUCCCAAGAAUGGCUUCUAAAUUUCUGUCAAAAACUCAGACAACAACCCUUUUAUCAAUCUAUGCUGGGGCCUCUACUACCAAACUGUUUUAUAGAGACGUUUAUGAAAUCAAUGGAACGGAAAUGUUAUGACUCAUUCACAAGUAAAGAUAGAUCUCCAUGUUGUAAAACAUCCAAGUUCCCAUUCAACAGAAGUGUAUUCAAUGAAUGCAUUAUUGAUGAAAUAGCUGAUAUUUAUGAAACCCCAAUAGACCUACUAAGUCCUGGUAUGGCAGGUCCGAAAUUUUCAAAAGACCAAACUCCGACAAUAAAAGCUGUUAUAGUAGAAUAUGAUAGUAAUUAUAGUUACUCAAUGUCUUACGAACAAAUGAACGAAUUCUUCAACAGAGUAGAAGAUUGGAUGACUGAAGAAUUGAAAACUGCACCUGAUACAAUGAAAAAUGGUUGGUUUAUCAGUGAACUAGAAUUCUAUGAUUUACAAAGAGAACUGAGUGUGAGCACAGAAAUAGCUGUUGUUAUGUCCAUGAGUUUAGCUCUUGUAGUGUUAUUCUUCUCUACACUGAAUAUUUUGACAAGUUUGUAUGCAAUUAUCACAAUAACGAGCAGUAUUUUUGUUACAAUGGCAGUAUUAGUAAUGCUAGGUUGGAAACUGAAUAUCCUGGAGUCCACAGCAGUUUCCACUGCCAUAGGUUUAACAGUUGAUUUCAGUUUACACUAUUCGGUUAACUAUCGUAUGUGUCCGGAAACAAUAGCAGUUGACAGAGAAGCUGCAACAAGGCAUGCACUGAGUUAUAUGGCUGGCCCUGCUUUUAUGGCAGCUAUUACCACUGGUGCUGCAGGUGCAUUUAUGUUACCAUCCUUAAUCCUUCCAUAUAUUCAAAUUGGCAUAUUUCUUGUACUGGUAAUGUGCGUGAGUUGGAUUUAUGCCACAUUCUUAUUGGGCUCCCUGUUAGCCAUUAUCGGCCCCCCUAAGAACUGUGGACAGUUCAAAUAUUCACGAAUUAUUAGUUGUUUGGGGAAAUCGAAACGAGUACAGGAGAGACCCUUGCCAACCCCGUCUAUCAUUCCAGAUAGUCAUGAAUUGGAGGCUCUUACAUUCUCUAAACGAGACAGAUAUACACCAAAAACUCUAAGGCGAUCAUUGAGCUCAGGAGGAGCUCGAUUCACUCCAAGUAAAUAUGUGUUUACCGAUCAGUCUCCUUCCGCAACCAGUGCUAUAACUAUCAUAAUGGCUGAUGACAAUUAAAUGUAACCUAUUAGGACUAAAUGUUCUGUGAUAUAUAUUUUUUAAUUUUAUUUAUUGUCGUUGUCGAUUAUAUUUCUUCUCUCAUCAUUUGUGUUGAGAUAUACACUGUGACACACGUAAAUUAAGACACCCCUGUAUUUUAUUCAUUUUGGAACGCAGAUAUUUGAUUUUUGGUACAGGCAUAGACCUUCAUGGCCGCACUUUUUGCAAUACUUAUCUUGAGUGACAGCCUUAAACCCAGCUCACUGUGCUCCUACAAAAAAGGGCAAAUUCUCGAUAUUUUGCUUCGCGUUGAUGAUACGAAUAUUUGGAAAAGUUGCUUCGAAAUCUAUUUCGACCUUACAUUCCGAAUUUCAACGCAAAAUUAAGUUUUGUUUGUUUUUUUUUGUAAUUUUCAUAUUCAAGUCCGAUUUCCAAUUAAUGGUUCUGGUUCUUAAUGGAACUUCGAAAUUAAUGGCUGGCACCAUCACCAAAUAACCUUAUUAUUUCAACUUUUUCUCGGGAAUUACUGUUUAUGACACAUUUAUUUCAAACUGACAUUUAGGGUACAAAUAGUUCAUUUGUUUACAUGACACUCUAGCCCAAAUUGCAAACUGUUGAAACACAAAAUAUGAGACUGCUUUGAAACAUUGAGAAUGACGAUUUCCAUCCAAAAUUAGUCAAAUUUGCAACCAAUCAUAUUCAACAGGAAAAUGAAAAAUUUCUCCAAAUUGGAGAUAGGCUAUUAAAGGAGACUAAAUUCGAUCAAGGUACAUUUGAAAAAAUAAGAAUUUUCAAUUUGAGUCAUUGAAUACAAUUAUUUCAUUGAUUUUGACUCUUUGUUAUAAUUUCUGUAGCUU